CGGCCGGCUCGGCGCUGACUCCGCCGCACGCUGCAGCCGCGGCUGGAAGAUGGCGGGGAACGACUGCGGCGCGCUCCUGGACGAAGAGCUCUCCUCCUUCUUCCUCAACUAUCUCGCCGACGCGCAGAGUGGGGUGUCCGGGGAGGAGCAACUCUGCGCUGAUUUUCCGGAGCUCGACCUCUCCCAGCUGGACGUCGGCGACUUGGACUCGGCCACCUGCUUCGAGGAGCUGCAGUGGUGCCCAGAGGGCACCGAGGCGGACCCCGGCCAGUACAGCCCCCGUGACGCCGAGCUCUUGCAGAUCAUCGACAGCGAGAACGAGGCCCUGCUGGCGGCCCUCACGGAAACCCUGGAUGACAUCCCCGAAGACGACGUGGGUCUGGCCACCUUCCCAGCCCUGGACGAUGGAGACUCACCCUCCCGCGCGUCCGCGUCGCCCGCCCCCUCCUCUGCGCCCCCCAGCCCGGCUCCGGCGAGGGCCCCCGGCCCGGCCCCUGAGGCGGAGGAGCUCUCGCUGCUGCAGAAACUCCUCCUCGCCGCGUCCUCCCCGACCUUGACCUCUGACUCCCAGAAGGAGGGGACCGCCUGGCGCCAGGCAGGCCUCCGGUCCCGAAGCCAGCGGCCUGGUGUCAAGACGGACAGCACCCAGGACAGGAAGGCCCCCACGUCGCAGCCUCAGAGCCGGGCCUGCACGGAGCUGCAUAAGCACCUUACCUCGGAGCCCUCCUGCCCCCGGGCUAAAGCCCGCUCCCCCGAUAGGGGCCCGCCGCCGCCACCCGCCCCGAGUCCCCGGCUGCCGGCCAAGGAGGACGAGGAGGCGGGCGAGGACUGCCCGAGCCCCCGGCCUGCUCCAGCUUCUCCCCGGGACUCUGCAGCGCCAGGCAGGGCGGGCCCCGGCGCCCAGGUUCCCCAGGCGGACGCACAGGCCAUGGUGCAGCUCAUUCGCUACAUGCACGCCUACUGCCUCCCACAGAGGAAGCUGCCCGCUCAGGCCCCGGAGCCAGCGCCCCAGGCCUGCCGCAGCCUCUCCAAGCCGGCCAGGCCCGGGCCGCGGGCCCCGCACCCUCCCAAGGCCGCCUGGCCCGAGUUCUCCAUCCUGAGGGAGCUUCUGGCCCAAGAUGUCCUCUGUGAUGUCAGCAAGCCCUACCGCCUGGCCACGCCUGUCUACGCCUCCCUCGCGCCCCGGCCCCGAGACAGCCCGGCCUCGGCCUCCGCAGGCCACCCGUCCCCCGUGGAGGAGGUGAGGGUCGCGGCUUCACCCAGGAGCUCCGGGCCCAGACCCAGCCUGCGUCCGCUGCGGCUGGAAGUGAGAGGGCACCUUGGCCGGGCAGCCAGGCCGCAGCCAGAGGAGGAAGAGGAGGACGAGGAGGAGGAGGAGGAGGAAGACGAGAAGGAGGACGAGGAGGACGAGGACGAGGAGGAGUGGGGCCGGAGAAGGCCGGGCCGAGGCCUGCCGUGGGCCAAGCUGGGGAGGAAGCGCGAGGGCUCCGUGCGCCCCGUGCGGCGCUCCAGGAGACUGAACCCCGAGCUGGGCCCCUGGCUGACGUUCACUGAUGAGCCGCCGGCUCCCGAGCAGCCCCGAGGGGCUCUGUCCUCGCUGCGCCUGGCCCCCGAUGCCUGCGACGUGGAGGGGGCGCCGGGCACCCCCACGCACGAGAACAGUGGCCAAGACCGGCAGCUCCUACGGGGACCCCAGAUCCCGGCCCUGGAGAGCCCCUGUGAGAGCGGGUGUGGGGACACGGAGGAGGACCCCAGCUGCCCGCGCCUCCCUUCCAGAGACUCUCCGAGGUGCCUCCUGCUGGCCUUGUCGCAAAGCCCCACCAGUGACCCUCCUUUUGGCAAGAAGAACUGCGAGCAGACCUUGGCAGUGGAGCUGUGUGGCACGGCAGGACUCACCCCGCCCACCACGCCUCCGUACAAGCCCGCGGAUGAGGAGCCCUUCAAGCCGGACGUCAAGCACAGCCCAGGCCGAGACGCGGCUCCUCGCCUCCCCCCGGAGGGCCUCCCACUCGGGGCCGCCGCGGGCGCUGCCCACACGCUGCCAAAGAAGCACCCGGAGCGGCGCGAGCUCCUGUCCCACCUGCGGCACGUCACCGCCCCGCCAGCCUCCCAGGCUGGUCACAAGCGCCCCUUCUCCUGCUCGUUUGGCGACCACGACUACUGCCAGGUGCUCAAGCCCGAAGGCGCCCUGCAGAGGAAGGUGCUGCGGUCUUGGGAGCCGUCUGGGGCUCCCCCCGAGGACUGGCCCCAGCAAGGUGCCCCGCGGGCUGAGGCGCAAGCCUCCGGCAGGGAGGAAGGCAGCGGCUGCGACAUCGGGGCCGCCAGCAAGGACAGCGCGCUGCUGAGAGACCACGAGAUCCGCGCCAGCCUCACCAAGCACUUUGGGGUCCUGGAGGCGGCCCUGGAGGACGAGGACCGGGCCUCCUGCAAGAGCCCCGAGUACGACGCGGUCUUCGAGGACGGCAGCAGCAGCAGCGGCGGCGAGAGCGGCUUCCUCCUGGAAGAGGAGGAGGAGGACGAUGAAGAAGAGGACUCGGGGGUCAGCCCCCCUCGCUCCGACCACUGCCCCUACCAGAGCCCCCCGGGCAAGGCCGGUCGGCAGCCCUGCUCCCGCAGCCGCUCCAGCUCCAGCUCGUCAUCCUGCCGCUCCCGGUCACCGGCCACACGAAGGACCUUCAGAUGUGAGAGCAGAGGGCCGUGUUCAGACGGAACGCCAGGCGGCCGGCACGCCAGGAAGCGGCGGGAAAAGGCCAUUGGCGAAGGCCGCGGGGUGUACAUUCGCAAUCUCGCCAGCGACAUGAGCUCCCGCGAACUGAAGAGGCGCUUCGAGGUGUUUGGCGAGGUCGUGGAGUGCCAGGUGCUCACCAGGAGCACGAGAGGCGAGAAGUGUGGCUUCGUCACCUACCGGCGCUCCGAGCACGCGGCGCUGUCCCUGCGGAAGGGCGCGGCCCUGCGGGGGCGCAGCGAGCCCUCCUUCCCACUGAGCUCCGGGGGUCUCCGGCGCUUCUGCUGGCCCCGCUACGCUGACUUCGAUGCCAACUCGGAAGAGGCCCCGCCUGCAUCCGUGAAAACCAAGUACGAAGCCAUGGAUUUCGACAGCUUGCUGAGGGAGGCCCAGCAGAGCCUGCACUGACAACAGCCUUAACCUCGAGGAAAACCUCAAUACCUCAGACGGGCCCUUCCAACCUGUUUACGCUUUCAGAGAAAUCAAGGACAUGAGACGGAGCGAGAGAGCGAGCGAGCGAGAGAGAGAGAGAGAUUGAGAGAGAGAGAGAGAGACACGGGGAACUGCUGUCCUUUUAACAGAAUAAUCAACGUUUACAUUGAACAAAGCUGCUUCUGUGUGAGUUUCCACGGUGUGCACGCUCCACUGCCACAUCAGCGUCCUCGCUUCCCACGGGCUGUCCGGGGUGCCCUCGCCUCCUGACCCACGGCCCCUCCUAGACGUGCAGCUGUGUCCGCCAUGCGUUUCCGUCUGUAGUGCGUGACGAAGUCGUUACUCGUGAAUAGAAUCAGGAUUAUAGACUCAUUUUUAAUUGAAGAAAACAAAAGUAUAUCCUUUAAGUGAUGUGUUUAUGGCUCAGGUGUCCUGUGCCUGGGAUCGUCCUGUUGCUUCCUUGAUUUUUAACUACCCACUGUCGUGAGAUGUUUGCCACUCAGCUGCCCUGCUCCGUUGGCCAGAGGGCCCCAGAGGUGCUGGGGGGCUGGAGGGCUGGUCGCCGGGGAGUGUGGCGUGCAGCCAGCCCAGGAGCCCAGGAGGGGUUUCAGGGCCUCUCCUGCCAGGCCCUGCCUCGCGUCUCGUUGAGCGAGCCCGGGUCCGCGUAGAAUCAGAGCCCUCGUCUGGUGCCCGGCUCUCGCUUAGAGCUUGUGCCUGGCCCUGAGGGCUCGGAUCCUCGCGGGUCUUAGGGAAGAGGGAGGUGAGGAAGGAGGCUGAUGACUUUUGCCCCGGGGUCCCCCGACCAGUGAGAUUACAGAGCACUGGCCCAGCCUAGGAGCCCAGGCCUCCCGAUCGCUGGUCCCAGCCUCCCUCAGUAGCUGGAGUGAAGAAGCGGGGUUGCGGGGCCUGGCAGAGCUGGGGACGGCCAAAGAGGACCACAGGCGAGACGCCUGCGGGCUCACCCUGGGGCGUCCGUCAACGGCGGUCUCGUCAGCACGGGGCGAGUUCAGGCUCUGGCACCAGCCUUGAUCCAAAGGGUCCUGCCGUCCGCCUCCAGCUGUGGACCCGCCACCAGGGCUUCAGUGACGCCGUGGGCGUGACGCGGACGGAUCUGGGAGCAAGCCUCCCCUUUGGGCCAGCCUGGCUUCGCCCCUGCUCACACGGGUCGUUGUUUGGGGGCAGGGGGCACGGGGUGGGUGAUAAGACAGUCUCCAGGCUGACUCCCGGACGGUCUGUUGGGCUUGACUUGAAGGUUCGUGUUCUUGAGUGACGUCGAAGCCGCGUCCGGGGGGGUGUUCCGUGGGUGCCUUGGGGGUCGCUCCGGGGGAGCACGUGGCCGGGCAGGCUAAGCGAGCGUGUUUCUCUGCUUCAGACAGAGCGGCUCCAGGUGCAUCUCUUUCACGCCCAGCUUCCUCGGGAAGCUUUUGUGGGUUCAAGAAAGAAGCAGAACGGUCCUGCCGCUUCUCUUUAGAGUUUGAACUUGACUCAUUAAACAAAAACUAGCUGAUUUAAUCCAUUAUUAAUACCGGGCCUCGUUCUUUGAGAAUUGGUCGUUAUGGGGCUUUUUUGGUUGCUGUUUAAGAUUAUAAAAUACCUCAGUAGCUUCACUGGGCUGAUACGCCAGGCCCCCGGAGGAGGUGGGAGGAGACCGGCCUGGAAGGAAGGGGAGUUUGAGUUCCUGUGUAUCUAUCAAACCACGGCCCCUCUGGGCCCCAGUUUUCUUUGCUGCGCAACGCGCGGAGGCGGGGACAACUAGUCCCUGCCGGCUCUGACAGCUGAGCGUCCCACGUGGCACACGUACCUCCACUCCCACAUCCUUGGCCAGUGGCAGACAUAACCAGUCGGCCCCAGCCCUCGCCUUCUUUGAGCUUGCUCAUGCUGUUGGGACCUCGGCUCUGUGCUCUGAGCAGCCGUCCCUGAUUGGUCUGCAGUUUCGCCUCUUUCACGUCCUGGUCUGAUCUUUGAAAGGUGCCUGUCUUAUGGAGCCAUACGGUGGCCGGGUGUCAUGCUGGCCCAUUCCUCUCUGUCGCAUCCUCAUCUGUGGGAGAAAGUUCCUUUGAAGCCAUUCCUUGGCCCAGGACUCCCAGCGCUACUCUGCCACGUAACCCCACCUGGGGAUGGGAGCCAGGUGGGAGAGUGGCCAUAAGCAAGUUUGGGAAGGCAGCGUUUGUCAGUUUGUCGGGAUGGACCAGGAGGGGGCUUUCCACGGCACGGGCUGAGCCCUCUCAAUUCCUGUUCCAGCUGCUCACUGCCUAGCAUCCAGUGGGCGUGCAAUGAAUGGCUGUGGACCAGAACUUCAGUCCACCCGACGCCCCCUUAAGGUCUGCUCUGCAUCGGGGGUAAACCGAGCCUUUGUCGCGUGGAAGCUCAUGGGGACGCAGUUACACGCAGGGUCUGGAGAGCUGGGUUGAGUCCUGGCUCCACCAAGAGCUGCCUCUGUGACGUUGUGGCUCGCGGUGUCCCUUCCGCUCGUGGAGCCUCUGUGUGUCACAAGGAGACGGAGCGCAUGACCUCUGCCCCCGCGCCGGCUCGUCCCUGAUGGCAGCGCAGCUAGAUGGCAGUGGAGGGUGAAGGAUGCGGAUUUUCAGGGAGGGACGAGGCCGUCCCCUCCCCCGGGUCCGGGUCCGGGUCCGCUGAGGCUUCCUUUUCACUCCAGCUUAACACAGAGUCUCGCAGGUAGUUAGACUUUGGCCUUGAGCAGAGCAGAGAUCUGAGGUCGCGCUGGGAUGGGAGGAGCCCAAGGUCACGGUCGGGCUGCUGCUGCUGGGGGAGGGCGCCGGCCGUGGGCGUAGAGCAGCUUCUUCCCGCUGUCUGUGCAUAAAAGGCUCUGCCACGGCCCGCACCUGCGGCCAGCCUCCACCUGGAAGACUUACUCGGUGCUGAGUCUCCCUCACCAAGGAGACUCCAAGGAAAGCUCGGCAACCAUGGCCUUUGCCCCCAGACGAAGGGGUGGCCCGAGGGAGCAGCUGCCGCUGGCAGCCGUCGCGGUGUGGCUGUCUGUACCUGUGACUUGGCCUGAAAGCCUGCAGUAGACUGUGUGGGUAGCGCCCCCACGAGGAAGCCUGUACCGUCGUCUCUGAGCCCGGCAGGUAUUUUCAGCCGCUGAGUGGAAUUCUUCCAUCUCCUUACUCAGUUGCCGCGAGGCUGAAUUGGAUCCCUCUCCAGGGCUCUGGUUACCCAAGGAAAAUGCAUCACAGCCGUGGAGCGUGAGCGGCUAGAGAGCAGCUGAGGCCCCUGCUCCCUGACCCCGUCACCCCAUGUCCCCCCAACACUGCUUUGCGACAUAGCAGCAGUCAGGUGUCUGCAUCGGCUGGGAGCCCUCGCAGCUUUGCGUGUGGAGCGCACCCCGCAGAGAGCCGGGCCUUUGGGGGCUCCGGGGGCAGGGAGGGAGGGAGCCUCCGGGCCGCACAGGCUGCGUCCCCAGGUCCGAUGCAGGGAGAGGGGCGGGAUAGGAAAUCUUUCUCACCUAAAGCCUGUGCUUGCGGCUGUUGUGGUUUCUUCGAGCUGAUGCCGUCUGCGUGCUGAGGGCGGGGGAGGCGUGACAGCGCGGUCCCUCUGCGUGGACACCCGGGAGCCCCACCCCAGGCCUCGGGUAUAGCUGAAUCCCAGCCGAGCCUGCAGCCUGAGAGCUGGGACAUCCACACCAUGAAGCAGAUCAACCCCAGAGGACUCGUGGAUCUGACUCGCUGGCGUCAAAACUGCAGUGUUUCCUUAGCCCUGAGGUUUAGCAGUUCUCCUCUUAGGCGACCAAGAGCGAAACUGGGCGGAUGGUAGCGCGUCAAGAGCACCUGAUGGCUUCAGUGGCCGGAGAAGGGGACCCUUCCCACCGGGGCAGAUGGGAGCCGGCUGCUGCUUACGUGCAAUAUGCUUAAUGCUGGUCGCCAGGUCCCCGAGUCGUUUGCACGUGGAGAUGAGCUGCUGGUCUGGGGGUGCAGAGGAAGAGGAGGGAGGGCUCAGGAGCUGGGGAGCCCUCGUCCACGGAGAUGCUCUUGGCCCCAAACAGACACGGGCUGGGGAGCCUUCUGGGAACCAGCCCUGGAAGGUCCUAGGAAGCAGGCAGAGGCCAAUAAAAGCACUUUGAGAAAAACCGCAAGCCUUCAUCCUGGUUCCACGUUUCCACACUGGCAAACCCGGAUCUCCUGGAGCUCUGAAGUGUGCUCUCCUAGGGGUUGGGAAGGGGCCUCAGGACAGGGGGCUCCUGGACGUCAGCAGCAGGAGGGCCCAUCCCAGGGCCAGCCUUUUGCUGGCUUCUUUAUUGGAGGCCCUACAAGUGGGACGGUGCUUUCAGAUCUUGGUACCUAUUUUUGUAUUCUAAACACACUGCAGCAGCGCAGCCAGUUGACACGGGUGUGCAAAGCAAGUCAUUUAUCUCUAAGCCGUCUCCAAGCGAGAAGUCCUAGGUUUCUGACUUGCCCUGUGAUCCUGGGCCUCCGUCUCCUCAUCUAGCAAAUGGGAAUGCCGGAUGGGCCGGCCGCCUCCGACAGGCUCCAUUCCCAUCCUGGAGCAUCGGGAAUCUGUCCCCAGGCUCUCAGACCAGGUGCAGCCUGUGUGCUCGCGGUCACUGUUCUCUGCACGGUGUAACCCAACGGCAGUGGAUUCAAACCCACAUGGUCCUGGCCGAGUUACCCUCCCCAAGGAGGCCGGCUCUCCAGGACAGACCUAAGCCAUAGUUACUGGUGGGGACGGUGAGACGACCAGCCCCGGCCUGAGGAGGUGGCCGUGGUGGCAGUGGCGGGUCUCACCCUGGCCUUCCCUCGCCGCCCCCCCCCCCCCCACUGCCCCCUGAUGCUUUCGGUCCAAGCCUCGUGGUCUCCUUGGCUGUUUUUCUCUCGCUCAGACAGUACUAGCAAUACACUUUUUUCCCCCAAAAAGCAGCUUAACUUAGGCACUUUUCACACCCUUCAUUCACGUGAUUGUGAAACACACGGGCUGACAGCAGGCACGGAUCGCCCUGCAUAUGUUUAGGGCACAGCUUUGGUGUCUGGUUUCUCUGACGGUGUGGCAGCGGUGGCUGAGCUUCGAGCUGGGGGGACGGAUUCCCAGACAGGCCGUUUCGUCAGAACGCUCGCCCGUUCGGAAGCAGCGGCCCCCACGGGGGCUCGGCCCAUAGGGCUUUGUAGGGGGUCAGACCCUGAGCUGUGCAGCAGCGCCUCCGAGAGGGGUCUGUAUAGCUCGGACCCUCUGCGCUGUCUGGUUUGUCGAAGGGCCUCUAGGGAGGCCGAGGAGAGCCCCCUUUUCUCUUGGCCAGCCUUGCCCUUGGGUGACUUUUGAAGGGAUAGGUCCGCGUCCCCUCAGCGCUUUGCCUUAUCAACGUCUCGUCUUCGCCGUCUAGGGGCCAAAGACUGUGUCCACCAGCUCCCCAGACGGAAGGCAGUCUUCCCACCACCUGCCGUCCAGCAGGGACACGAGCGAGCCGUGCGUGUGCUUAGAGCCCAGCGUAGCACCCGUCAAGCCCCAAACAGCCUCUCGUUGGGCCCUCAGGCCAACCGAGAAGUGGGACGCGAGCCGUCCUGCGGCAGUGGAGACGGGAGUGGCCCCGGGGCCCGGAGCCUGGGAGGGGUUUACUGUAACCGCAAUACUGGCAGCCCAGCUGCUGACCUUGAGUGAACCUCUGCCAGGCGGCCCCCCCGGACCCUCAGGACGAGCACAGGGGUGGGGGGUGAGGAUUCCGUGGGGGGCCUGGCCAUGGCCUUUGAUGGGGUCCACCGAAUAACCAAACCGAUUCUGUUUGUUUCUGUGUUUUGUAUUUUAAAAUCUUGUCAAGUGUUUUUUUGUGUUAGGAAAAAAAAGUCAUAAACUCCUCCCAGCAUUGUUCCCUGAGGGAUGCCCCGACUCCCACGGAGGGGUUGGGAAGGCCGGGGAGUGGGCGUCAGGGUGGUCCGGGGGCCCGGGGAGUGGACACUUGGGUUUCCAGGCGGCUUCUGGGGGAGACGACCCCCCGGAGCCGGGCUCGGUGCGCCCUGCUCCGAAGGGCACAGCCACCCCGCACCUCCUUGUGCUGCGGUGUUCGCCUUGGCUUGGAGCACCUGCUUCUCCCAGGGGGCAGCUGCUGCCAUGGAAACCAACACGAGGCUUGCGCCUGCCCAGCCCCCGGGCUCUCAAGGGACGGUGUCUGUAGCGAGCCUUAACCGCCUGGGCAAGGCGGUCCCUGUCGUCCUUCCAGCAUUUCCAAAUCUCGGACUCGAUUCCUUUUCUCUUGGUGUGACCAUGCAGCCUCGAGAAUUCUGAGCAAUAGGGAGCCAGGGUUUCCCCCGGCUCUGUGACAGGGGCACGCCAGGGCACGACUGACUGCGUGAGGUGUGGGCUUGCCCAGGGUCCCACCGCAGGGGCAUUAUUUAUUAGGAGGCUCAGCAAGGUAACUGCAGCCUGGGGUGCAUGAGCGCAAGGCUGUGUGUGUGUGCGCGCGCGCCCGCGUGUGUGUGUGUCUGCACGUGUGCACGCCUGUGUGUGUGUGUGUGUGUGUGUGGAAUUACAUUGAUGCAUUUCUUGAGAAAGGUGCAAGAAUUUCACCCACACAGAGGGACACAUCUGCUUUGUUAUUUAUAAUAGAAAGCUAAAUUUUAAUUUUUUAAAGGACACUGCUAAUGAUUGAGAAUCGAGUUUUUAGUUUUGCUAUUUUUUUUAAUUGGUAGAGGAUUUUUAUAUAUUUUUUCCAUUUUGUUGGGUUGUGUCCUUAUUUAUAUAAAUACUUUAUCUGUGAGAGGCAAGGAAGAAAAACUUCCUUGCUUUUAAUUACUGUGGUUGUCAUCGUCCCUAUUUUAUUUCCAGUGUGAUUUCUCUGUCUUACCUUCUAAAUGAGAAAACGUUUUCCUGUAUUUGUACAUUGUCAGAUUCUAUAGUUUCAUAGAUAAUUUAACCAAACUGCUCUAUGUAUUAUUAUUCCGUUGAGUACAAAGUUCUAUUUUGACGUCUGUAAAUACUUCGGAACUGGCUUCUUUUCUCAGACUCCCCCCGCGGAGCUACUGUUUACAUCACAGAAACUGUAGAAUCUCUGCCCAUGUCCUGUAAAUAGUGAUCUGCUUAUUAUACAUGAACCUGACAAGGACACUAUGGAGAUUAAAAGAAAAUACCGCCCACA